CGGCUGCCCACCCAGCCACUUUUUUAGAACAGUGACUAUUUCCACAGGGAAAUGAACAUGGUUGGAAGGUGGAAAGCUUCUCAAGCUCCGGACCUCGACGUCUGCAGAACGAAAUGGUCACAGCCAUGAAUGCCUCGGACGAAAUAGAGCAGAUAUUGCAGCCUUACAACUUCGAGCUGUUCCGGGACAUGAGGCCCCUUUUGGAGGAGUACUGGGCAACCUCAUUCCUCAUAGCUCUGGUCUACCUGCUACUCAUCUUUGUGGGGCAGAACUACAUGAAGGCACGGAAGGGCUUCAACCUGCAGGGGCCUCUGAUCCUUUGGUCCUUCUGCCUUGCACUCUUCAGUAUCCUGGGGGCACUGAGGACAUGGGGCCAUAUGGCUACCCUGCUACUUAAGGGGGACCUAAAGCAAACUGUGUGCUUCUCCACCUUCGCCACCACUCCCAUAAUCAGAUUCUGGUCCUGCCUCUUUGUUCUCAGCAAGAUCAUUGAACUUGGAGACACAGCCUUCAUCAUCCUGCGUAAGCGGCCACUCAUCUUUGUGCACUGGUACCACCACAGCACAGUGCUAGUGUACACGAGCUUUGGAUACAAGAACAAGGUGUCUGCAGGCGGCUGGUUCAUGACCAUGAACUUCGGUGUGCAUGCCAUCAUGUACGUCUACUACACUCUGAGAGCUGCCAAAGUCAAGUCCCCCAAGUGGUUACCCAUGCUCAUCACCAGCCUGCAGAUCCUGCAGAUGUUUAUGGGAACCGUUGUUGGCAUCCUAACUUACAUCUGGAGACAGGAACAGGGAUGCCACACCACAAUGGAGCACUUCUUCUGGUCCCUUGUCUUGUAUACGACCUAUUUCAUCCUCUUUGCCCAUUUCUUCCACCAAACCUACAUAGUGCCCAAAGUCAAAGCCAAGACCAAGAGUCAGUGAAGGGUUGGAGAAAAAGGAACCCCAGGCUCUCUCCCUGCCAAGGCACCAAAGGGUUGAGCUUAGGUUUGGGAGAAUAAUUAGGACGCCUUCCCUGCAUGGUUUUUCCCAUGGGAUCUGUGCCCCAAGGUGGCAGGAAGUUAUGUCAGACAAGAAGUGUCAGCCGUGGGUGGGUUGUAAUCUAGUACUUUGAUGUUUCUGUUUUUAAUGUGAAGGCCAAGCAAGCCCUGGCUGGGAUGGGGGUAGAACUGAGGAGGAUUUCCAGAGCUGAAUUUAUAUUUCUAUCCAGAAAUCUUCUUGCUCCAUUUUUAAAUUAAAGAUUUCAACAAGUCUUUUUUGGGGGUUUUGAGAGUUGGGGGAAGAGGACUGCUGUGAUGGGAGAGGGCUGCUGGCAGCGGGAUGGUUGGUCACUGAGUGAGAAGCCUAAGGAGGUGUGAAGGUGUGUGGAAAGAUGAGAGGCACACACACACUCAAUAAGAAUUCUAGGCCUGGUAGGCACUUAAUAAAUGUCUGUUACAGACCAGAAUUUUAUUGCUAUUAGAGACCCAAGCCCCUCAUAGGAACAGUGAAAAACAGGUGCAGAAAGGCGGUGUAACUUAUCUAAGGUCAUAGUCUUCCUAAGUUGCAGAAUUGACACCGGCAAACAAGCGUUCCAGACCAGAACUUCCUGUUAUCCUCCAUGAGACCACGAGGUGGCGCCGCAGCACCAGC